CAGCUUAUGGGCGAGCCCGGUGACUUCUGGUACGAGGGCAAGGAGAAGCUGUAUCUUUACAAGUCCUCGUCUUUUUCGGGUCAGGUCAUUAUAGGCAAUAUUCCCAUGGAUCAACUCGACGCGUUCGAGCAUGUUCUCGCUCAGGUUCGAAUUGUUCAGGACGCCAAUUCUAAAUGGAACUGUCAGAGUUGGUGUAUCGAUGCUCUUGAGCUGCUCCGUGCCAGAGGCUGGGUCUUUCCGGGUAUCAACGAA